AUGACCUCGUCGACUACCUUCACGCCCCAGACCUUCGCCAAACUCUCCCCUCACCCAUUUCUCCUCGCAAACCUCCAACCACCCAGCCAUGCUGCCUCGGCCAAGCCAACACGAACAAACGGCCGCGACCCGCACCAAGCCCGACCACUCAACAUAAAUGCUUCGUCAUUAUCUCACGCACAUGGCAGCGCCAUGGUGCGAAUCGGAGACACAAGCGUCAUUUGCGGCGUGCGGGGAGAGCUGCUACCGUCCACAAGCAUCCCACAAUGGCGGAAACCCAAGAGCAAAGCAGAGCUGGAGACGGUGGAAGACAAGGAGGCCGAGGUCAAGGAGGAGGGCGCACGGGAGCUGCGGGACUACGACCUGCUCGUGCCCAACAUCGAGCUGGCCACAGGCUGCGCGCCGCAGUUCCUCCCCGGCGUGCCGCCCACGACGCUGGCACAGACCCUAAGCACGCGCGUGUACUCGCUGCUGCACAGCUCGGAGCUGCUGGACGCGGAGGACCUGAGGGUGUGGUAUACGCCGCCCAACUUGGACGCUGACGAGUACGACAAGAUGGAGGGCGUGGACGGCGAGGAGACAGAGCUGCAGGAGCCCGAGAUCAAGGCUUACUGGACGCUGUACAUCGACGUGCUGUUCAUUUCAUUCGACGGCAACCCCUUUGACGCGGCCUGGAUCGCCAUACUCGCGGCUCUGAGGGACACGAAGUUGCCGCGGGCUUGGUGGGACCCGGACAGGGAGAUGGUGCUCUGCUCGCGGUCAGAGACCAGGCCCCUGAGCGUUCGCGGGCUGCCAGUUGCAUGCACGGCUGGCGUGCUUAAUGAGAGGGAGACGGAGGUCGCUGGCCAGAGCAAGUCUUUUGUGUUGGUAGAUCCAGACCGUCUGGAGGAGAGCUUGUGUGAGGAGAGCAUUACUGUUGUGGUAGAUCGCACAAGUGGUGAGACGAGGAUACGAGGGAUAUCGAAGAGUGGUGGAAGGGUGCUGGGGCCCAAAGAAAUACGUGAGAUUGCUGUGAUGGCAGAGAGUAGAUGGGAGGACAUCCAAAAGGCGCUAGCUUAA